AGAUUUCUUCCUUCACAAGAUGGUCGCCGAAACUGAAACCUUUUCAUUCCAAGCUGAAAUCUCUCAAUUGAUGAGUUUGAUCAUCAAUACCUUCUUUUCCAGGCGUCGUUAGACCAAAUGAGCGAGCCAAUGAAACAAGAACGAACAAUGAAAGCAUUAAGCGGUAGUAAUACUCGAUUACCUAUACCCGUUCAAAAUAGACAAUCUGGCAUAUUCAAAAGUGUUGAUAAGGGCAAAUGCAAAAAUGCUGAGCAAACAACAGGCUAUGACUGCAGCAGCGGUAGUAGUAGCAGUAGCAGCGAAAGUGAAAGUGAAACACAAACACCUGGAGAAACGGUCACGCUAAAUAAGCAACAUAAGGAAGAUCAGAUGUCUAUCAUGCAAACAACAAAGCUUCGAAAGCCAGAGAUCUUUGCCUCUAAAUCAGUUAAAAGCCUACCUUCUUAUUCAUCGAGAUUUAUUUCUUGUCCAACAAAUGAUUUACUACAUGAUCAACUUGCAAAAGAUCGCGAGAAAUUAACAAAGACUAGCGCUAGUUUAAUUUCUGCCCAAGGUGUGAUCAGUCAGCCCGAGGAAGAGACAGCUAGUAGCAAUUCCAUUGAACCCAAUCGUAUCGAAAAAAUUCACGAAAGGCUACAAUGCUUAGUUGAAGGGGAAGACGUGAAAGAUGGUUCGACAGCGAUUGACUAUAAGAAAGAAAAGGGGACUAUCGAAGCUGUGAACGCCAAAAUGGCUCUUCAUCGAUUCAAACCAUAUUUAUCACCAUAUGAACAAACAGAGAUCUUAAAGUAUCACUCUGUUUACUGUGUUGGCUCCUAUGCCAAAAAGCAUUGGGCUACUACUGAUCAGACAACCCUCAAUUAUGGAUAUGAUGACGAGAAAGGUGAUUAUCAAAUUGUCAUUAGGGAUCAUUUGAAUUACCGGUAUGAGAUUAUCGAGAGCCUCGGCAAAGGGUCCUUUGGUCAAGUUGUUAAAUGUAGAGACAUGAAGCCACAAUCUAAAGAUAAAAAUCAAGUCAACAAUAUUGUAGCUGUCAAGAUCAUUCGGAACAAAAAGAGAUUUCACGCUCAAGCACUGACUGAGAUUAAAAUAUUAGAAAAAUUAAUGCAACUGGACCCUCAUAACAAGUAUUUCAUUGUGAGAAUGUUGGAUAACUUUUACUUUAGAGAGCAUUUAUGCAUUGUAUUUGAAUGUCUAAGCUUAAACCUUUAUGAAGUCUUGCAGCAAAACUCGUACCAAGGCUUUAGCAUUGGCUUAGUAAAAAGAUUUGCUCAUCAGAUAUUGUCAGCUUUGAAGCUAUUGAGCGAUCAUAAGAUUAUACAUUGCGAUCUUAAACCAGAAAAUAUUCUACUGAAACAGCCUGAUAAAAGUGGGAUAAAGAUAAUCGACUUUGGAAGCUCAUGCUUCGUAAAUGAAAGAGUAUAUUCAUAUAUUCAGAGCAGGUUUUAUCGUGCACCUGAAGUUAUAUUGGGAUUAGAAUAUGGCUUACCUAUAGACAUGUGGAGUACGGGCUGUAUAUUAGCCGAGUUAUAUACAGGUCGACCUUUGUUCCCUGGAGAAAACGAACCUGAUCAAUUAGCGUGUAUUAUGCAACUGCUGGGCGUGCCAGAUAAGCAAUAUCUGGAUCGAUGUGCCAGAAAAAAGCAAUUCUUUGACAUGUACGAUCAGCCUAGGAAAUCAAUUAAUUCAAAAGGGAAAAAAAGAAAGCCAAACUCCAUGACCUUCACCGAAGCAUUAAAAAGAUCAUCCCAUGACGCUUAUGAUAGAGAAUUUGUUGACUUUAUCAACAAAUGCCUUACAUGGGAGCCAUCAGAAAGAAUGACCCCAGAAAAAGCACUUAAUCAUCCAUGGAUGAAAGCAGCCAAGAAAUAACCUUUUACACACAAACUGCCCAUGUACACUUUCUUGUUUAUUUGAACUUUCGUAAAUAAUAGCAUACCCUUACUCAUUUACUUUAUACUACUUUAUUUUUUGUUCCAUUAUAAAUAUAUGAUAAAUAUAGUAAAGCGCCAAUACUAGUCAAAGA